GUUGCACAAUUGGCUGUUUUCAGGGGAGAAAGGACUUCUUUUCAACAACAUUCUUCGCUCUGUUCGCAAGCCAUAAAGGUUUUGGGCGUUAAUUAGAAGAUUAUAAUCGGUCACGGCGUGUCUUGUUAGACCAGUUACGCUUCCCCCAGUUACCAGCGCGUUAGCAUCUAUUCGCGACAAGGUAAAAAAAAAAAAAAAUCGACUCCAUCUGGUUGUGAGGUAGUCUUCUUUAGCUAGCUUAUUUAGCCAGAAGCUACCAGUAGAUUUACGGCUUAGAUCCGCGGCUACUUUUCUAAGGUAGACCACCUACAGUUUUGGUUACUCGGCGGCAACGAUGAUGUGGUUAGUUUACGCCAGUCAGCGAGUGGACGCUAAAUAAUUGAUCCGAUUUUGGUAUCAAACACAACCCGCGUUCGAUCCCAGUUCGCUUUGGCCUGUUUUCAUUGUAUCCUCACGUCGGUAGUGUCGGGUGGUUCGACCAGUGUGUGCGGGGUCAAAUUUAGCUGCGUUGCCGUCAACAAACGAGUCAGCAGCUGUCGAUUGGAGAGAUAACUUGAGGGAAGCCAAGUGUCAAGUAUGGCGCAGCACGAUUGCUCUCACGUCGCUAGUUCACAGAAAGCGCUCAUGCUGGAAAUGAAGAGCCUCCAAGAGGAACCCGUCGAGGGCUUUAAAAUAACACUGGUGGACGAGGCAGACAUGUACAACUGGGAAGUGGCCAUUUUCGGACCCCCCAAUACACACUAUGAGGGGGGCUACUUCAAGGCCCGGAUCAAGUUCCCCAUGGACUACCCAUAUUCUCCACCUUCCUUCAGAUUCCUCACUAAGAUGUGGCAUCCCAACAUCUAUGAGAAUGGAGAUGUAUGUAUUUCUAUAUUGCACCCACCAGUGGAUGACCCGCAAAGUGGAGAACUGCCUUCAGAGAGAUGGAAUCCCACCCAGAAUGUCAGAACCAUUUUGCUCAGUGUGAUCUCACUGCUGAAUGAGCCAAACACCUUCUCUCCUGCCAACGUGGAUGCCUCCGUCAUGUACCGCAAAUGGAGGGACAGCAAGGGCAAGGAUCGGGAAUAUGUCGAGAUCAUUAGAAAACAAGUGUUGGCCACCAAGGUUGAGGCGGAACGCGACGGGGUUCAGGUACCCACCACGCUGGCCGAGUACUGUGUCCGCACACGCGCCCCACCUCCCGACGAGGGGUCCGAUCUCUUCUAUGACUAUUAUUACGACGACGACGACGUCGAGGACGGAGACGGCGACUGCUGCUACGACGAAGACGACUCGGGCAACGAAGAGUCGUGACAUGCCUUUGCCACAGCGUGACCAAUCUUUGGUGACAUGACCCCACUUUUACUGCCCGGGUCGUCCGAGAGGUCUGAGGUUUGCAAGUGAGAAAUAUUUGACACCUCCUGUUUGUAAACCAAUGAAACAAGAUGAUUUUACCUUAGCUUGCGCGCUCUUUGUUAAAGCUGAAUUGAUGGGCUCAUGUGGAUUUGCACCAGCAAAAAAGAAAAAAAAAAAACUUUUGACCUGAAAUCAGAGAGGCCAACUUAAAUAGUGCUUCUUUGACUGCUAAAAGGUCAAAUGGGGGUGAUGCCACUUUGCACUGAUGCAAACACUUACAAAUCAUUCACUUCACAAUUUCUUUCAUUGUUACUAAUUUCCCUAACCAGUUGAUUUUUGCUUACUGGUAUUAAGUCUCACCGACUUCCUAGAGUGGUGAACUGCGAAAAACAAAAGGGAUGGGACUUUAUUCAAACAUCAUCUGCAUGCCAGAAAACAUUGGAUUUUCUUUUUCCUUCUUUUGGAAUUUUUUUUGCAAAUGGUGAUCUUCUUCCAGCUUUGAUAACGAGUGUGUGCGAUUACAGAGAGUAGUGGAAAAAAGUGGACUGCCGGCUGGGUCAAAAUGCUGUUCACCAGUUUUACUUUUAAAAAAAAAUUAUCUUUGCUGCGUCUCCUCUGGUUUCCAUCGGGUGUGUUUUGUCGUUUUGAUUGCGGGAUUAAGAUAUUGAUAAAGAUAGCGAGAUGUUGACUAUGGUUUCUGAGGGAGGAGAGUACUUGCUCAUCAGAAUUGUUUCUCCUCAGGUUUGAUGCCUGACUAAACAAAAUUGGUGUUUAUCUUUUUUUUUGUUCUUUUAAAUCCCCCUGCAAUGUAUGCUGUUGUAUUCUCGUCUUUAUUUUAUGCUUCUUGCAAGCAAUAUUAGACUUUUUCUAUAUGGUUAGACCUAAUGCCUGCAACCUUCACUUGAGAAUGUUUUAUGUGACGAGAUUAGGCUUGACAACUAAACGUGUGUAGAAAAUGUGUCAGAGAAAUGGUGUUGCAGUAUCUGUCUGGGUUUCAAAAGAUUUUCAGCCUUGGAAGUGAAAAAGAACAAUUCCACCACCAUUUUAUUUUACUGUUAUGUGUUAGUAGUGAGUUAAGUAUUUUGAUAUAUUUUUAGUGUUGGUGUGUUUACUCGUGGGUAUUUUUCGUCACCAGUAUUGAUUGUUUCAUCUGCUCUAAUUGGACUUCACUGGAUUUCUCAGGAUUAUUCAAUUACAUUCGACAUAGUGGGUCGUUUUCAGAAUGACAGACCUUGACGGAUAUGCACAUGUAGCUGUACGGAUGAUGAUCACCCUGUUUUCUUCACUUGUUUAUUUUUAAAUUUUUGGCUAUUUAAAAAUAAAGAUUUAUUGGAACAAAA